AUGGACUCUCAUCAUGUCGAUAAUCCAGAUUCUUGGUCAGGUCUCAAGGAGAUGGUUCACCUCAUCCUGUUGGUGCUUGUCAGCACCUACGCCUACGCUGCCCCCCAGCCGGCGGCUACAGAUACUAGCGUGACCCAAACUUUCGUGGCCUACCCGCGCGAGGUCCUCUACCAAGCCCGCAGCGCCGCCGCUUGCCUCAACGAUCAGCUCGACUUCGACUUCCACAACGUCUUCCACGCCAUCUUCAAGGCCAGCUUCUGCACCCAAAACACCUACCGCUACUCCCCCGAGUACGACCACACCUGGGGUCCCACCGCAGGCGUUCCUUGGCAAAUAGUAUCAGACACCAUGUUCGGCCUGGGCACAACUGGUGCUCCACAGACAACCGCAUCGACGCCCACCUCCGCAUCUACUGCGACGACGGCGCCAGAUACGAACACUCGGCCAACGGCCAGCUCUGGGACACCGUCGAGUACUUCUACCGCCCCGCCGGCGACGGCGGAGUCCACGCCUGCCAGGAGCAAACCUUCCAUCGUUGCUACGUGA